GUUGUCAUAAAGUGCAGUACAGGUAUUAGCUGUGUGUUGUUUAACACAAAGGAUAGGCUGCAACAGCUAAUCUACGCGUCCUCUUUUUACUGUAAUUAAACUUUUGUUUUGGUAAGACAUCGUAUAGUCGCACAAAAGGUUUUAAGUUGGAUAAAGGUUUGAUUCUUCAAACCAAUGGUUGUCUACAGAUCUUGAGGUUUGGACAAGUAUUGCUACAAUAUUAAAAGGACUUCCUCUGUGAAUGAACAGGGAUGGGUGCCCAUUCGGCCGACAGCUGAUGACGUACGCACGGCUUUUGGAUCGGAGCCCCGCUGCUGAAACCACACUCCCCACAGAGACGCAGUUUCGUGGCGGCAGAUCUCCCAGUGCUCCUCUCCCAGGCUGACUUGCACAGCACCAUGUCUCAGGCCCAGGGGGGUGGGGACAGAGGGAAGGACAGGGAGCGAGGUGCGCGUCCCAAAGUUCGGCAGAGUCGCUCCGAGGAGAGGAGGGACGGAGGACGCAAGAGCGGGAGGGGGAAGAAGAAGGGCCGGGCGUCCCAGGAGCAUGUGUUGGAGCGGCCGGUGAGCGACGGCUUCGAGUACGGAGAGCUGCUGAGCGCACGCGAGUCCAGGGCCCGGGGGUCCUGCUCGGCCCUGGGGGACCAGAUGAGCCGGGAGGCCACGUUGGGCUCCCAGGAGCUGGGCCCCGGCAGGCUGGCGGCAGGGGCCCAGGGGGGCGAGGGAGAGACAGGGGCGGGUGGCAAGGUGGUGGGUGGUAGCCGCUCGCUGCGGCAGAAGAUCCAGGACGCGGUGGGGCAGUGCUUCCCCAUCAAGACCCACAGCGCCCCUCAGGUGCCCGCCCUCUCCGGCUCCACCUCCCGCCGCAAGAUCCACCUGAGCGAGCUGAUGCUGGAGGACUGCCCCUUCCCAGCAGGCUCGGAGCUGGCGCAGAAGUGGUACCUCAUCAAACAGCACACGGUGCCCAUCUCACAGCCUGCCCUGCUAGACACGCUGGGCGUGGUGUUGCCCAGCCCCGCCCCCGGGCCCAGCCCUGCCCCUGCCCCCGCCCCCGCCCCCGCCUCCGCCCCCGCCUCCGCCCCCGCCCCCGCUCCCGCUCCCGCCCCCGUCCUCGGCUCUCCGCUCACCGCCCUGGUGGAGGAUGAGGACGACCGGCUGCGCGAGCGUCGGCGAAUCAGCAUCGAGCAGGGCGUGGAGCCCCCGCCCAACGCGCAGAUCCACACCUUCGAGGUGACGGCGCAGAUCAACCCGCUGUACAAGCUGGGGCCCAAGCUGGCCCACGGCAUGAACGAGCUGGCCGGGGACGAGCGGGCCACCCUCCUACAGCAGCACCAGCUCCUCCUGCAGAGCUGCCUGGACACCCUGGACGAGGUGGUGGCCUCUUCCUCCUCCCCGCCACCCCCCUCCUCCUCUUCCUCCUCCACGGCUCCUGAGCCGGAUCCGGGGGCGGCGGGACCCAUCCUCCCCCUGGCCGCCACCCCCCACCCCGAGGGGCCCAAGCCCCAGGACGGCUACCGGGUCCACACGCAGAUCGACUACAUCCACUGCCUGGUGCCCGAUCUGCUGCAGAUCACCAACCUGCCCUGCUACUGGGGCGUGAUGGACCGCUACGAGGCGGAGACGCUGCUGGAGGGCCGGCCGGAGGGCUCCUUCCUGCUGCGCGACUCGGCGCAGGAGGACUACCUGUUCUCCGUCAGCUUCCGGCGCUACGGCCGCUCGCUGCACGCGCGCAUCGAGCAGUGGAACCACAACUUCAGCUUCGACGUGCACGACCCCAGCGUGUUCCACGCCCCCACCGUCACCGGCCUGCUGGAGCACUACAAGGACCCCAACUCCUGCAUGUUCUUCGAGCCGCUGCUGUCGCGGCCCAUCCACCGCACGCGGCCCUUCAGCCUGCAGCACGUCUGCCGCGCCGUCAUCAGCAGCCGCACCAGCUACGACGGCAUCGACCGGCUGCCCAUCCCCAACGCCCUCAAGGAGCACCUCAAGGAGUACCACUACACAGAAGGUGCGUGUGCGCAGGCUGGACGCCUGGUGGGAGUAGAGACCGCCGUCUGCGACACUCUCCCGUUCACCCACUCCUCCUCCCGAGAGCUGCUUCCAUUUCAGCUUGGCGAAGCUCUGAAGCGCCUCGCUGCCGAACUCGGAACAGACGCUGGCGGCGAACGUGUUCGGAUGAGUUCGGCUGGUCCUUACGGACAGUUUACCAUUUCAAAGCAGAGGCUGAAUCAAAACUAUAUUUGGAGUCCUGCCUGACGAUCUCGAUUAUUCUACUAUUUAUACCAGGCUAUGAAAUGAGCCCCUUCCACCAGGUGAUGCUAGAUAAGGCACCAGAUAACAAAGUUUUAGUGUUACUUUUUGAAGAUUCGUUAAUCGUAUGCCUUUUGUGACAGUUUCAACUCCGGAUGGACAUGGCUCAGUAACAUUGCAAAGAAUGUUCAAGAAAAUGUUCUGAUUGUCAUGUGAUUUCAAUAAAAAUCUCGUUGAAAGUUUA